AUGGACGACGACGGCGAGCAGCAACGUGACAAGACGCGACAAGACGGCGGAACGUCCAGCAACGGAGGCGGGCAGCAGGUGAGAUUUGGUGGGUUUGGGAGAUUGUAUUCGGGACUACGUCCUGCACCUGCGAGCGGGCGGUUUUCUCCAGGAUGGCUCGGAUUGAGUGGCGCACGGCAGCAUCCUCUGCCAGCCAUUCCCAGCACACCACGAUCUCCACACAGAGAGCGUGGGACAGGACUGUUUCCUAUGCUCGGCUCACCCAGCAGAGGAGGCCACAGUCCUGCAGCAUCGCCUGCUGUUGGUAAAACACCCGCGAGCCUGCGGAGAGCGACACCCCACCCUGCCGGCGGUGGCGUGUUCGGCCAUAUUGCCGCUGCCUCGAGCAAGCGGCCAAGGAUGGACAUGAUGGGAGAGGCGGAGUUCGCGCAGUUGGAAACGGACUUGAGGGAGAUACGCGACGGCAAAAAGCUGCGUGCCAACGUUCCUGGGUUCAAGGAGCGGAUGCAAAGGAUGCUCGAGAGCGCUGUUCGGGCUGAUGAUCAUAGCCGGGAGCACUUGGCCACGAUGGACAAGAGGGUGGAAGAGUGCAAAGAGAGAACGAAGCGGAUUCAGAGCGAAGAUGUGGAAAGGAAACAAAGCAUCAAUGCUCUUUGUGCGAGAGUAGACGCCCUAGUGGCCGAGACAACGGCUACCUGUGCGGAAGCAAAUGCUUACUUACAGGAGCUUGACGGCGUUAAGCCGCCCGACUUGCUAAGGCAGCAAGAGCCGUUGCCGAGACCGUUGGGGACGAGUGCGGCACCGAUUUCUGUCGGGGCUUCGACGGACGAUGACGAGGUGGAGCGGUUGAGGUAA